CAACCUGCGCUGAAUGUCGCAGCGGCGAGCGGAAGUACCGCCGACAUCGAACAAACCGCCCGUUCCCCGCUGACUCUGGAUCUAAAAGAGCCCGAGGAUGGCGGACUCGCCGGGGACGCGGACUCUCCAGGACCGACUGGAGCGUCUGCGGGAGCUGGCGGAGUUCACCGACGACUGCAAGAGGCAGCUGGGCGACAUGUUUGACUCGUUGGGGUGGUCGCAGGACCACACGCAGGAAGCGAUGGAGCAGUGUCCCUACGACGCCGGCCACAGAGUCCCGGCGAGGAGCCUGGAGAAACACAAAGCCUCCUGCCGCCUCCGACAGAUGGGUUACUCACCAGAGGAGCAGGCGGAGAUGUACGACCCCUCCGUGUGUUACGAGAACAGCAGCGUCAAAAGCUUUGCAAUGGACAAACCCACGCAGCACCAGGUGAUCCUCCAGGCCAGAUCUGCUGCGCCGCUGAUGAGGAUGGAAGGAGUCUUCUGGCAAGGUCAGUACUCGGGCCAGCCCGUCGACGUGCCGCAGAACCACAAGCGAGCCGUGUGCGACCUCACCGUGGCCGACCGACUGGCUCUGUACGAUCACGUGGUCGGUGUGGUCCGCCAACAGGAAGCGGCGGCCUCGUCAGCCAACGACGACCUCUACGUAGACCUGGUGUCCAAACUUCAGAAGGACGACGGACAAAACGAACCAAAGACUCACCUGGAGCUGAUGGCGGAGAUGAGGGACUACAAGAGGCGGCGUCAGUCGUACCGGGCCAAGAACGUUCACAUCACCAAGAAGUCCUACACUGAGGUGAUCCGAGAGGUGAUCAACGUCCACUCGGGAGAGCUCGCCAGACAGUGGAGGGAGGACGAGGACGAGUCGUCCGCGCGAUCGGAACGCUCCUCCCAACGGCGCCGGCUAAGCGAAAGGAGAUCGGCAUCCUCAGAGUCCCGCCUCUCCCACGGCAGACAUCGUCGCAGCCACGACGAGCGAAGCCACGACGAAGAGAGCACGCAGAAGAAGAAGAAGAAGAAGAGGGAGCGGGAUUCACGUUCCCCCAGCGACCACCAGCAUGAGCGAAAGAGGAAGAAGAAGAAGAAGAAGGAAGGGAGGGAGAAGGAGAAGUGACGUCAACAGAUGACGUCAGAGGUCACCAUGGCCUUUGUAGGUCAAAAUACGUCAGACCUCAUCAAAUAACACAUUUUAUAUAAAUGUGGGAUUUUGGAAAACGUUAUAAAUGAGGAAUACAAUUUCUGAGAGAGAACCACUUGGGGAAAAAUUUUGCUUUUUUUGUGCUUCACAAAAACAAUUUGAUUGGAAAACCUCAGUUUUACAGUGUCAUGUCUCCAACAAGACUCCGCCCGCCUCCUCCUGAUUGGCUGAGAGCGAUUUCCAACAGACCACUUGGAAUGUUGGACAGUAGUGUCACUCUGACCACAGGGUCAAAAGUCACAGGAGGGUUCACACAGGAUUUCUGCAGUCUUAAGGAAUAAUUGUAAAUUUUCUAACUUGUAGUUUGAGUCGCAAUUUAUUUAUUUUUUUGUCGAGAAAUAAAAUUUUGGAAUGAAUGGGGGAAAAAAGGAUGUUUCUUAGGUCAACAUUUUAAAAACACAAAUCACAGUCUUGCAAUUUUUGUUGAUCCAAUCUAAAUGGAAACCAUUGGAGGGCUCAUGAUCAACUUGUGUGUGUUGUAUACACACACACACACACACACACACAUAUAUAUAUAUAUAUGCAGAAACUCGGUCGAAGCCACUUUCGUUGUGCACGUUCAGGCGACAAGCGUAUAUACAGUUCUCAGCAGACGGACUGCUUUGCUCCGAGAAAGCGAAAAACGUUUUGGAUCCUUUAGCAAACGCGAAGACUCUAUCACAAUGUGGCUGAAGGUUUUUUCUUUUUAAAUAUAUUGAUUGUAGCAACUGUUUGGAACUUGCUAAUGGCAACAAGUUGACUUGAAACUGAAUAAAAAAUGUGUCAUCAGGA